AUGCGCAUUUGUUCUAGCCAUUUGAAAACGUGCUUCUGCUUUAUGAAGUUCCAACACGUUGCUACAACCGUUAGGUUGAGCUUCACUUUCACUUUGGAAAUAACCCAGUUUUGCGGAAAUAACUAUAGUAUUAACUCAUACCCUAGUACAUUAGAUAAUAUUGACUUGGAAUUGGCUAUUGGCAUGUUUCCUGAAUGUGUGUUAAUAGUUUCAGAACCCAAUACAACUAACGACGAAACGGUAUUCGACAGAAAAAUAGAGAAGAUAAAAGAUCCUUUAGAAAAUACAAAGAAAGGCAAAAGAAAAACAAAUGAAGAGAAGUCAGAAGCUAAAAAAUCAAAGCCUAAAGAGAUUCCAGUAUAUUAUAGAAAAAGAGUUCCAAUUGUAGAAUAUAAAAAUCCAUUUGAUUAUUUUGCUUUUGAGAAUAAUCUACUGACUGCGUCCGCAAUGAAGAAACGAUCAUUGAGAGAAGAAGAAAUACAAAAUACAACAACUGAUGAUAUUCAGUUCGAAUGUAGAAUUUGUUACAAAAAACAUGGGAGCAAAGACAGCUUGUUUAAUCACUAUGAAAUGCAUAAAGCAAUAUCAGAUCUGUUAGAUGAUGCAACUGAAGAUCAAGUAGAAAGUAUGGAAGAGGGAAAAAUUACUUGUGACCUAUGUCAAGUUAGUUUUAAAGAUAAAUGGAAUUAUAAUCAUCACGUUUUACGAACACACAAAUCAAAGGAACAUUACUGCGACAUAUGUAAGAGAAACUACGACAAUGAGUACAGGUUGAGCAUCCACAAUGCGACUCAUAGCUCAGAUCCCCAUACAUUUGUUUGUGUUGUUUGUAAAACAUUCAGUACUCCAAAUAAAGAAUCCUUAUACGCUCAUAUUCGUUCCGAACAUCUAAGCGCUCUCGACACAAAUGUCAUCUUCAGAGCUAAUGGUCAAAGUAUAAAAAAGUACCACUACUUCGAGUUGUUUUACGGAAAUAACGAUAUUAUCACAUAUCCUAGUACAUUAGAUAAUAUGGACUUGGAAUUGGAUAUUGGCAUAUUUCCUGAAUGUUUGCUAGUAGUUUCAGAACCCAAUACAACUAAUGAAAUGAUAUUCGACAAAAAACAAGAGGAAAUAACAGAUCCUUUGAAAGAUACAAAGAAAGGUAAAAGAAAAACAAACAGAGGAAAAUCAGAAGCUAAAAAGUCAAAAUCUAAAGAGAUUCCAGUAAAUGCAUAUGCAAUGAAGCAACGAUCAUUGACAAAAAAAGAGAUGAAAAAUACAACGAAUGAUUUUCUAUGGGAAUGUAAAAUUUGUUGCAAGGAAUAUAGGAGCAAUGACAGUUUAUGUGAUCAUUACGAAAUGCACAAAACAAUGUUAGAUCAGUUAGACGAUUCAACUGAAGAUCAAAUAGAAAGUAUGAAAGAAGAAAAGAAAAUUCCUCAUGCUAGAAAAAAAUUGUCGAGUAACGUCACUACCCCUAUGAAAAUUCCAGUUAGUGCUAAGGAAUACAAAAAUCCUUUUGAUUAUUGUGCUGAACGAUGUAAAACCACUUGGAAAUGUAAAUUCUGUUUCGAAAACCUCGAGAGCAAAAGUACCUUGUUAGAACAUUACGAAAUGCAUAAAAAAGUAAUAGAUAAAUUAGAAGAUGAAACCCCAAAAGUCAAUGAAGAUAAAAAAUCCGUUAAAUGCGACCUCUGCCUUACUGAGUACAAAGACAAAUGGAGGUAUGAGAGACAUCUUCUUAAUUUUCAUGGAAUACAAGAAGACUUAUAUUGCGCUUUGUGUAAAAUUAGAUUUGCAUCUAAAGCGUCUUUUCACAACCACAGAAUGAUACAUGCCAAGCAGACUGGACCAAUUGGUUGUGAUAUGUGUUCCUUGCAGUUUAGUACAGAACGUAGACUAUUUGAACACAAGCAAGAGGUACAUGUUCAACUCACUCGGUACAAAUGCUUCAAAUGCGAUCUGACUUUACCUUUUAAAACGAACCUGGAUGAGCACAACAGGCGUAUCCACACUUCUACAGAGAACUCUUACUUGUGUAACAUCUGCGGAAGGGGCUAUCCCAGAUUAGGACCACUGACGCACCAUAUGAAGAUUCAUAACGAGGGGCAGUAUGUAUGUUCGGUUUGUGGAAAGAAAUUCAAACAAAAACAGAACCUGAAAAUUCAUUCAAGGGUUCAUACUGGUGAGAAACCUUUCAAAUGCCAUAUUUGCGAUAAGUCUUUCAGUCAGAAGCCUCCUCUGAACGUACAUUUAAGAAUACACUCAGGAGAAAGGCGAUUUGCUUGCAAAAUCUGCAAAAAAGGAUUUGUUACUAAGACUAUUAGGGACUAUCACGAGAAAAAUUGUUCGAAUAUAAAAAAGAAAAUAUAA